AUGUCUUUAUCUCAAGCUAACGCAAAAAUUAUGGUCCAGAAAGGUAAUAGUAACGGGAUAUCAAAAACUAAAAGAGUUAAUGCAGGUUCUCAAAAGAGAAGAAAUAGUUCAAUUCCAGAUACUACGGGACGGCGUCAUGUUUGGAUUGUAAGAAAUGAGAUCUAUAAAUCUUCUCGAGCCACUAAAAAGAAGAUUGCUGAAACCCAAUGUCGUAAAUGUCUCGAGAAUGAUGAAAGUGUUGAAAUAGUAGAGUCAAACCUUGAGACUCUAGAAAAAGCUGUGAAUAAAUUGUCUUGCACU